AUGACUAUCAUGGAUACCAUAAAACACCAUAGCGGAGUGGAGAGGUCACUGCAUAGAGUGGAGAGAUCCCUGCAUAGAGUGGAGAGAUCACUGCAUAGAGUGGAGAGAUCACUGCAUAGAGUGGAGAGAUCACUGCAUAGAGUGGAGAGAUCACUGCAUAGAGUGGAGAGAUCACUGCAUAGAGUGGAGAGAUCACUGAAUAGAGUGGAGAGAUCACUGCAUAGAGUGGAGAGAUCACUGCAUAGAGUGGAGAGGUCACAGCAUAGAGUGGAGAGAUCACUGCAUAGAGUGGAGAGAUCACUGCAUAGAGUGGAGAGAUCACUGCAUAGAGUGGAGAGAUCACUGCAUAGAGUGGAGAGAUCACUGCAUAGAGUGGAGAGAUCACUGCAUAGAGUGGAGAGAUCACUGCAUAGAGUGGAGAGAUCACUGCAUAGAGUGGAGAGAUCACAGCAUAGAGUGGAGAGAUCACUGCAUAGAGUGGAGAGAUCACUGAAUAGAGUGGAGAGAUCACUGCAUAGAGUGGAGAGAUCACUGCAUAGAGUGGAGAGAUCACUGCAUAGAGUGGAGAGAUCACUGAAUAGAGUGGAGAGAUCACUGCAUAGAGUGGAGAGAUCACUGCAUAGAGUGGAGAGAUCACUGCAUAGAGUGGAGAGAUCACUGCAUAGAGUGGAGAGAUCACUGCAUAGAGUGGAGAG